AGUCUUCAAUGUACUUUUGCCCUUAAGCUUGUUGGCAAAAUGGUUUGAAUAUAUACUGCCUGGUUGUGCCGCAUGGUGUUCGUCCCAUCGUCCUCGUUUCAAGCCCAAGGUGUUCGUAUCCCUUGAUUGGAAUCGCCCGUGUUUCGUUUCCUUCCCUUCUACAAGCUGCGUCCUUGGUUGACCAUGCGUUCAUUCUUUCAUUUUGUCCUGGCUUUUGCCAGUCUUCCCUUCAACGCCCAUGCGGCAUGGUGGAUGGAAGACAUCACCCAUCAGGGCCUGGCUCCCUAUGGUGGUUCCGGCUAUGUUGUGUUUAGAAACGUUAUGGAUUAUGGUGCCGCAGGUGAUGGAGUCACCGACGACACAGCUGCCAUCAAUGCUGCCAUUGAUGCAGGGAGUCGAUGUGGGGAGGGAUGUGAUUCUACUACGGCGACACCGGCAAUUGUUUACUUCCCUGCGGGAACCUACCUCAUCUCUACGUCCAUUUACCCCGAUUACUUCACCCAGCUUAUUGGUGAUGCCACCGACCCGCCCACACUCAAGGCUGCGGCUGAUAUGUCUGGCUUCGGCCUCAUCGAUGCCAACCCGUACUACAGCUCGGACCUCAACUGGGUGUCUACCAAUGUGUUCUACUCCUCAAUUCGGAACUUGAUCAUUGACACGACCAAUGUUGCUGCCACGACCGCCUGCACUGGCAUCCACUGGCCCGUCUCACAGGCGACCUCGAUCCAGAAUGUGGUCUUCAAUAUGCCUACAACCGCUGGUGUUGUUCACGUGGGCAUCUUCAUGGAGUCUGGCAGCGGUGGCUUCAUGUCCGACAUAACCUUCAACGGUGGUGAAUACGGUGCGCAGUUCGGCAACCAGCAGUACACCAUGCGUAAUCUGGAGUUCAACAACCCUGGCACAGCCGCCAUCCAGAUGCUGUGGGAUUGGGACUGGACUUUCAUGAACCUCACCAUCAACAAUGCCCCCCUGGGCAUCGAUAUGUCUUUGGAUUCGUCGUCCGACCAGGUCGUCGGCUCCGUGAUUAUCAUCGAUAGCACUUUCACAAAUGUCGAUGUGGGUAUCAAGACCGCCUAUGACACGGCCUCUACCUCGACGACCAAUGGCAGUCUCAUCCUGGAGAACAUCGUCCUGAGCAACACCCCUGUCGUGAUCGAGAACGACAGCGGCACCGUUCUUGCCGGUGGUACUACCACGAUCGCUGCGUGGGCAGAAGGACACACCUACACGCUGACCUCGGGGCCCACUGACACCAUGGGCACCAUCACGGCUGUCAGCCGCCCUGCUGCCCUGCUCGGAUCUGGUUCCAGUUACUACAGCCAGUCCAAGCCGCAAUACGAGACCCUCUCGGCGUCGGACUUUGUGAGCGUGCGCACUGCUGGCGCCGUUGGAGAUGGAACCACGGACGACACAGCGGCCAUUCAGUCGGCCAUCAACAGCGCCGCGAGCGCAGGCCAGGUCGUCUACAUUGACUACGGUCUCUACCGCAUCACCAGCACCAUCUCUAUCCCCGCGGGCACCAAGAUCGUCGGAGAGACCUUCCCCGUGCUCAUGGCCUCGGGCUCUUACUUCGAGGACAGUAACAACCCCCAGGUUCUGCUGCAGGUUGGCACCGCGGGCGAGUCGGGCUAUAUUGCGUUUAACGACUUCAUUGUCUCCUCGCAAGGCGCUGCCGCCGGCGCUGUCCUGAUCGAAUACAACCUGGUGGCCCCAGCCGGUACGCCCAGCGGCAUGUGGGAUGUCCAUGCUCGCAUUGGUGGCUAUGACGGUAGUGACCUGCAGGUCUCGCAGUGUCCCAAGGAGCCUGGUAGCGCAGCAGUGGACGACUCGUGUAUUGCGGCUUACUUGAGUCUGCAUGCCACCACGGGAUCGAGCGGGUUGUACAUGGAGAACAUGUGGCUCUGGGCCGCCGACCACGACAUCGAUGACAGCUCCGAUACCCAGAUCACCGUCUACUCGGGCCGUGGUAUGUACAUCGAGUCGACAACCGGCACCUUCUGGCUGGUCGGCACUGCCGUCGAGCACCACGUGCUCUACCAGUACCAGUUCGCCUCCACCACCAACAUCUUUGCCUCGCAGCUGCAGACCGAGACGCCAUACUACCAACCCUUGCCCUCCGCCUUGGUGCCCUUCACUGCGAACGCCACCCUCCAGGACCCGACGUUUGACUGUACCGGUGUCAGCGGGAACUGCGACGAAGCCUGGGGCCUGCGCAUUCUGGAUUCGUCGGAUAUCUUCAUCUACGGCGCCAACCACUACUCUUGGUUCGAUAAUUACUCACAGAAUUGCUCCACCUUUGCAACUGGCGAACAGUGCCAAGCCCGCAUCAUCAGGCUGCAGGGCACCCUCUCCAACAUCAACAUGUACUCUGUCAACACGAUCGGCUCGACGAGCAUGAUUGACAACGCCGGCACCGAGGUUGCUAGCUGGGAGGAUAAUGAGGGCGUGUACCAGUCCAACAUCAUCUCCUUCAGAACGGGUUGAGUGUGAGUGCAUGUGUGAGAGAGGGCAGAGAAUCCCUCCCCAUCAUCAAUAAGCAGCUUAGACCAGGUUUUCCACAACCCGCUGCUGCAUGUGCAUACAUUGGGCAUUUUUCUUUCUUCUGGCGUAUAUAGUCAUCUCUUAUUGAAAGGGGGAAGAGGUGGAGCAAGUUUCGGGAAGUUUUAUAUUCUAUUACUUGUAAAUACUUUUUUUGUUCGAUGCCAUCAAGUUGUAGGCACUCAAGAUUAUCUGCGCUGAUCGGUGCUAACUUGUUCAAACUUGUAUUGGACCCCG